AUAGACGACCUCUGUGUGUCGGGGGUUUAGUUGACAAAAUUAGGGGUUUUCAGUCUCGCCGGCCGAAGUAAAAUUAGAUUCAACCAGAGACGCUCGAUGGAUCCCUCCGCCGCCAACAGUCCUGAAUUGCUUCGCUUCCUUAACGAAGAAGAGCAAAGGGUGAUGAUGAACGAGGCGGUUGCGAAGCUGACAAGCGUGUGUUGGGACAAAUGCCUAACAAGCGCACCGGGUAGCAAGUUCAGCCCUAGUGAGUAUUCAUGUCUCACACACUGUGCUAAGCGUUACGCUGACAUGAGUAUGGUCAUCAUCAGAAGCACUCAGUCCAAGAAGUGACUUACUCCCUUAACCUCCUUUGCCUCUAACUUGUUGCAGCACAAACUUGUUAUGGAAGAAUAGUUUUUUUUAACUAUUGCAAGAAUUAGAUAACUAUUUAGAUUGGUUUUUGAAAACAUUACUGAGGUUUGUAGAAACUUUGUCAUUAGAGGAUACCUUUUGUUAUGAACAGAGGAAACGUUACAGAUAUUAAACUUCAGUUAUAAUGGUUGCAGCUUUGAUUUCA